AUGGUAAUGGAGGAGGGGGGCCCGGGCCCCUCAAAGCCCGCAGGUGACAGGUGCCCCCGGCAGCGGGAGAAGAAGGACAAGCAGCAGGACAAACAGCAGACCUGCGAGGGAUUCAGUAUUAGAGCCAUGAUGAAAAACAGCGUGGCAGUGAGUGAGGAAAGCCCCAUGAAGGGAGAAUUCCUACAGCUAGUGUCUUUUUUUAUAUCAGUGGAUUCCCCUUGCAGUGAUGUUCAUCAACUGGUAAGAGGGCCCCCACCUGCAGGAUCAGUAAAAGAAAGACCAGCAAAACGCACAGCUUUUCGCAAGUUUUAUGACAGAGGAGACUUUCCAAUUGCUGUUCAGCAUGAGUGUGCAGGAAACAAAAUUGCCUGGAAGGUAGAGAUUGAAAAUCUGGACUACCAUUACUUCCUGCCUUUGUUCUUUGAUGGGCUUUGUGAAACAGAAUUUCCAUAUGAGUUUUUUGCUCGUCAAGGAUCCCAUGACAUGCUGGAGCAUGGUGGAAACAAGAUUCUUCCUGUUGUUCCUCAGCUCAUUAUCCCAAUAAAAAAUGCGCUGAACCUUCGUAACCGACAGAUCCUCUGCACCACACUGAAAAUCAUCCAGCACCUGGUGGUGUCAGCUGAAAUGGUGGGGGAGGCCUUGGUGCCCUAUUAUCGGCAAAUUCUCCCAGUCCUAAGCAUCUUUAAGCACAUGAAUGAUGACAUGAGCCAAGGUCUCCUUUGCCUGAUCUUGAUGGGCUGCUCAGUUAAUUUAGGUGAUGGGAUAGAAUACAGCCAGCAGAAGCGUGAAAAUAUUGGAGUUCUCAUUCAAGAGACACUGGAACUCUUUGAACGCUACGGUGGAAAAAAUGCUUAUAUAAACAUUAACUACAUGAUCCCCACUUAUGAGUCGUGCAUGUAAACUGAAUUA